UCUCCACAACCUCUCUUUGUCUCUCUGUAUUUGAAUCACUCCUCUGACUCCGGCUCUCAUCUGUAAUUCCGCUCCAAUACUGAGCUACUUCUCUACUCCUCUACUUUACCGCCACCAUGUCUUCAAUGCAGAGCGCCAAGGACGCCACCAAGGACACCACCGAGCAGGCCAAGGUCUUUGGAGUUCAGAAGGCCGACCAUGCUCCGGAGGGAACCAAGCACAAGGCUUCAGAAGGCAAGGACACCACUCCCAAAGCUCUGAACAAGGCAGCUGAGAAGGACGGCCUUGACGGUGCCAAGGAAACACUUCCUGGCAAACCCGAGUAAACUAUUAGACUUCAGUUCAGAAGUUUGAAUGUUAAGCUAGCCUUGGAUCACGAGCUGUCAGAGACGAGGGUCACCAAGGACCUCGAUUAUUAGCGGCCAUGGUGAAGUAACAUCAGAAGCUUUAUGUGCAUAUUCUGUGAAAGGCGAACACUCGUCUCGUAGGCUGAUGUGAUGGCAACGUACUUGACAGUCCCGGAAUCCUAUCUUGGGG